CAAAAGGAGAAAGAAAGAAGAAACAACAUGGCUUAUCCGCUGGUCUCGACCGUAGCAGAGAAGUUGAACAACCUCCUCCAAGAUGAGGUAGCUUUAUUGGUGGGUGUCACCGAUGAGAUCAAAAAGCUUUCCCGUACGUUCACCUUGAUCCAAGCAGUGCUUAAAGAUGCUGAAACUCGGCGAUCCAAGGACGAAUCGGUGAAGAUCUGGUUGCAGAAUGUCAAAGAUGUGGCCUAUGAUGUAGAUGACAUACUAGAUGAAUGGAUGACAGAAGCUCUCAAAUCACAAGCACCCGAUGAAGGUGUUGGGUCCUUUUUCAGCAAGAAGAAGAUAAGAAGCUUCCUCUCCUCUGUUACUUGCUUCAAUCAUCUCAAGUUACGCCACAAAAUUGGGAAUAUGAUAAAGGAUGUGAAGGGUAGAUUACAUGAUAUCGCUGAAGAGAAGAAUCAAUUGGGUCUUAGAGCAGAUAGUGGGGAGGGUGAGAGAGCGGAUAGUGAAUUGAGGCGGGGUGAGAUCAGAGAGCGAGAGACAAGCUCCCUACUCGACCAAACAUCAGUUAUAGGUAGAGAAGGUGAAAAGAACGAAAUCCUACACUUGUUGCUGCAGGAGGUAACUGAGGUGCCCUUUGUCAUUUCUAUCGUUGGAAUGGGGGGGUUGGGCAAGACCACCCUUGCUCAGCUCAUCUAUAACGAUGAGAAAGUGAAGGAACAUUUUGACAUGAGAAUGUGGGUUUGUGUUUCUGAAGAUUUUGAUGUGAAACGGAUUUCGAAAUCAAUCUUAAAAUCUGCAGAUGGGACUGAUUGUGAUCAUCUAGACCUGGACCCUUUGCAACGUCUCCUCCGUGUUAUGUUGCAAGCAAAGCGAUUCUUGCUGGUGCUUGAUGACGUUUGGAGCAAAGACAGCGAGAAAUGGGAGAAGCUGAGACUUCCCUUCCAAGCUAGUGCACCCGGGAGUCGAAUCAUUGUAACCACUCGUAUUGAAGAUGUUGCAGGCAUGAUGGGAAGCACUGAUCACAUGCACAAACUGGCAGUCCUAUCCGACCACAAUUGCUGGUUAUUGUUCAGAAGUAAGGCACUGGAUCAUCGGAGUGAAGAAGAAUGUUCUGCUCUGGAAGAUAUUGGAAGGCAAAUCGUAAAGAAAUGUGGAGGGGUGCCUCUCGCUGCAAAGACAAUAGGGAGUGUCAUGCACUCGAGAAGGACUAGAAGCCAGUGGGAGCUUGUCUCGCAAAGUGAGAUGUGGAACUCAGGUGAUGUCAUAGAAGGCAUUUUACCAGCUUUGUUACUAAGCUACUAUGAUUUGACUCCUGCUCUGAAGCAGUGCUUUGCAUAUUUCUCCAUCUUGAUAGUCAAGUUAUGGGUGGCACAAGGUUUCAUCUGCUCCAUUAAUGGAAGUGGAAACAUGGAAGAAAUUGGCGAACUGUAUUUUGAUGAUUUGCUAAGGCGCUCACUGCUCCAAGAUGCAGAAAUCAAUAGUGAUGGCAGCAUAGAAUAUUGCAAGAUGCAUGAUUUAGUUCAUGAUCUUGCACGAUAUGUUGCAGGAAGUGACUAUUCAAUGGUGGAGAUAAGGAAGAAAACCUCGUUAAACAUAAAUAAUGUCCGGCAUUCUUUUUUAGUUGACAAUGAUAAAGCUGGUGAUGAAGCUCACAAAUUGGCUUCCAUUUCGGCCACCUUGCAUAAAGCCCACAAGUUGCAGACGUUGCUACUACAAUACUCAAGAACGCCGUUGCUACUACAAUACUCAAGAAUCUCCAAGGUGCCAGACAAGUUAUUUCAUCAUUUGAGAUGCCUAAGAGCAUUGGACUUCCAUAGGACUAACAUCAAGAAACUGCCUCAGACAGUGGGACAGUUGAAACACUUGAGGUAUCUUGAUUUAUCUCACACAGACAUAGAGGAGUUGCCAGCAGAAUUGAGUAAUUGCAGGAAUUUACAGACCUUGAGACUCAAUCACUGUAACAAGCUAAGAAAACUGCCUAGAGAGAUGGGAAAAAUGAUUAGGCUGAGGCAUCUAGAAUUUGAAGACUCUAAUGGUUUGAGCUACUUACCAGAGGGUAUAGGGAGAUUAACUGAGCUUCGGACAUUAACAAAGUUCAUUGUGGGGGGUGACGACCAAGGAUGUAAAUGUGGAGAACUGAAACACCUCAAUCAUCUUCAAGGUACUCUUCCAAUUACCGGCUUGCAAAAUAUCAGGAGCAGGGACGAAGCCAGCGAGGCAGAACUGCAUGAGAAGCAGCACCUUCGUGCUCUAUCCUUGGAGUACGAUGAUGAAGAUGGUGAACCGUUGGAUGAUGAGGUGAAGAGGAUGGAGGAUGUGCUCAAAAGCCUUCAGCCUCACACAAACUUGAAAGAGUUGGAAAUAUGGCAUUACAAAGUUUCCAUGCUUCCCAAGUGGAUAAGGAAUCCAAUGUUAGUUAAGGUGAAACUCUGGCAUUGUACACAGUUGAAGUCUCUGCCAGAGUUGGGACAACUCAAAGCUCUCCAAACUCUGGAGAUCUUCAGUUUUCUACAUUUGAAGUCUCUGCCAGAGGAGUUGGUACAACUCAAAGCCCUCCAAACUCUGCGUAUCUAUGAUUGUCCACAGUUGAAGUCUCUACCAGAGGAGUUGGGACAACUCAAAGCCCUCCAAACUCUUGAUAUCUAUGAUUGUCCACAGUUGAAGUCUCUACCAGAGGAGUUGGGACAACUCAAAGCCCUCCAAACUCUGCAUAUCUAUGAUUGUCCACAAUUAGAGUCUCUAUCAGAGUUGGGACAACUCAAAGCCCUCCAAACCCUGCGUAUCUAUCAUUGUCCACAUUUGAAGUCUCUACCAAAGGAGUUAGGACAACUCAAAGCCCUCCAAACUCUGCAUAUCAAUGAUUGUCCACAGUUAAAGUCUCUACCAGAUGAGUUGGGACAACUCAAAGCUCUCCAAACUCUGAAGAUAGGGAACUGUCCACAGUUGGAGUCUCUACCAGAGGAGUUGGAACAAGUCGAAGCCCUCCAAACUCUGGCGAUCUCCAAUUGUCCAGAAUUAAGGUCUCUACCAGAGAAGUUGCAACACCUCACAAUGCUUCAAGAAUUAUAUAUCAUCAAUUGUCCACUCUUAAAAGAGCGCUUCUUCCAAGAUGGAGGAGAAGAUCAUCACAAGAUUGCCCAAAUCCCGAAUUUCACCAUUUAUCCAUCUGAAUGA